GGAGCGCGCCUGUAUGAUCUGCAUGGAGAGACGCGGCGGCGGCGCGGUGACGGUCACGUGACGGAAUCUGCUGCUGGCUGACUGAAGCGUGUUAGCAGAUUUUUCUGUUUUGUACAUACAUUGUUUUGUAUAUACUGUAUAUGAUGACCUCGGUGGGCGUCGAACGAGCCCGGGGCACUCGAGACAAAGCACUGCCCACUACCACACAGACCACACAACCACAGAAACAUCUUCAGGCUACAGCCGAACAGAUCCGACUGGCCCAGAUGAUCUAUGACAAGAACGAUGCAGAUUUUGAGGAUAAAGUGAAACAGCUCAUGGAGGUUACAGGGAAGAACCAAGACGAUUGCAUGGUUGCUCUUCAUGACUGCAACGAGGAUGUCAACAGAGCCAUCAACUUCCUGCUUGAGGGAACUUCUGAUGCGACCAGUUGGGAAACAGUUGGAAAAAAGAAAAGUCUUGGAAAGGAUACCACCUCCACGGAGAGUAAGGAAAACAAGGAGAACAGGGAGAAGAAAGAGAGGGAAAGCAGCAAGGGUCGUGGAGGAGCGAGCCGUCGUGGCAGAGGGACCAGUCGCAACCGGCCAGCGAGGACUGAGGAGAAUGGCGUGGACCCUGCUGCUGUUGAGAGAGGUGCUGACCGUGGCCGCAGGGGAAGAGGGAGAGUGUCUGGAGGUAGAGGCAGAGGUCGGGCUCCAGUUACCAGCAGGUUUACAGCACAGGGGAUGGGGACCUUUAACCCUGCAGACUACACCACAGACAGAAGGACUUCAAAUUCACAUGCUGAUGUCUGGGAGACGGGGGCCAACGACACUACAGAUGGGACAGUGGCAUGGCAAAACACUUUGGACGAGUGGGCAGCUGAAGACUGGAGUGAAGAUCUCUCUGAGACCAAAGUGUUCACUUCCUCUUGUGCACCCCCAACUGAGAACCCCAUCACACCUGGCCAAAGUCUGGACCUAUCAACUCUGCUGCAGAAGCCUGUGGAUCGAGAGGAGGUGGGAGGUCUUAAGGCCGUGGGCUCCUCUCAGGGGCUUGGCCACAGUCUGGUCUUUACAAACUCCCACCACCAGCCUGCUCGCAACGGCGGCACUUCUGCUGUUUCCAACAGCUACACACACGCCACACUGUCCUCUGUUUUGGGUUCUGGUUUUGGAGAGCUGGGUGGUCCAAAACUCGGGCAGACGGCCGGGCAGCAAAUACUGGAACAGCUGAAGGGGCCUGGUCUUGGGCAGCUUACCUCCCAGCCCUCCAGCACAGGGACCAACUGCACCCCUGUAGGGGGGCUGGUGGGGACGGGGAUGUCUGUCCCCUCCUCCUCCUGGGACAUCAAACCUCCUGGAACACAGAGCUCCACUUCACUCCCCUCCCAAUUCAGUCGGGAGUUUCAGAUGCAGCCAGAGCCAUCAUUGGUGCUAAGCCAAAUCGCCCAGCGACAGCAGGGCUCCCUGACUCACAUGGGACCUCUAGCCAGGCAACUCAGCCCUCCCCCCCUGAGCGCCCCUUCACCCGCCCUGGGCACACUGGAAGCCUUUCCGAAAGCACCGGAACCUUCUCAGCACCGUGAUGGGCCCUCGAUGGCCCCCUCACAGACAGCCGAAUCUCAGGGCAGCAGCACGCAUCAGCGGCAGAUAAAGACUCAAAAGCGACGGAUACCUCCCACUUCCAAGAUUCCUGCGUCUGCUGUAGAGAUGCCUGGCUCAGCAGAUAUGUCUGGUCUAAAUGUGCAGUUUGGAGCCCUGGACUUCGGUUCAGAAUCUGCCCUGCCGGACUUUGGCCAGUCUGAGAACUGCAACAGUGAACCCAUAAGGGAGGCUGUGGUGGUUCCUCAGUCACAGAGCAGCCUUUACUCUAAACCAAUCAGUGAAUCUCUGACUAGUCCGGUCCCUUUGCUGCUGCCUCUGGCCUCUUCUGACAGCAUCUACCCCUCUCCUUCAGUACCUCUCCCCAGCCUCGCCCCCUCCCACACCACCCCCAGCUUGGCCGUGGCCCCCUCGUCCUCUUCAUCCUCCUCUUCCUCCUCUGCGGCAUCAUCAGCGGGUAACAGCUUUGACUGCGGUGUGGCUCCUCACUCAAGACUGACCUUCUCUCAGAGCAAGGAGCCUUCUGGACCGGUGACAAACGGUUUCAAUGGUGCGAGGACCUCUGCUGCUUUAGACACCACAUCGAGUUCCUCCACUCCAAAACAAGAGUCUCCCUCUCUGGGCAGCAGCGCAAGUGUUGCCCCGUCUGCCCCAUCCUCACUGUUGCCCUCUUCUGUUACACCACACAGCUCUGCUUUGCCCAGCCUGGCAUCUGAGCUGUCCUCGGCCAGCUUACCUCCCCUCAGCAGUCAUGUGAACAGUGGCCAUUCCUCUGUGUCGGCACUUUGCACCACAUCUUCACUUACAUAUACCAGUGUGGACAGCGUGAACUCUCUCGCCCCCUCAUCGAUGCCGUUUUCCUUGCUGCCUGUGUCUGCUCUGCCCAGCAGCAGUGUUAGCAGCUCAGUGAGUGGCAACAACAAUCUGCACGGGUCUGGAGUUUUGGGUCACAGCAUCAACGGUAGCACACCUUCCGGUGUCAGGACUGUCCCGCUACUGUCUUCCUCCAGCGGUAAAACUCCUCCUAAUCUCUCUCAGGGGGUUCCUCCACUGCUGCCUAACCAGUACAUCAUGGGACCUGGAGGUUUGCUGCCUGCCUAUCCGCAGAUUUAUGGCUAUGAAGACCUCCACAUGCUCCAAUCCAGACUACCAAUGUUGACUGACACUGGACAUCUUGAGAGCAGAAUGUGUAUUUUUCUCCAUUUAGGUGAUGUCACAAAAUUCGGCAGAGGUGAAUCCACCUCACCAGCGCCCUCUACCAGCCUGUCUGCUGCUCAUGCCCCACAGACGGUGCAGGCUCAGAGCCAAGGACAGAACCAGCACCAGCCGCAGGGCCAUCACAACACACAACAACCCUUCCUAAACCCAGCCCUGCCCCCUGGAUACAGCUACACAGGCCUUCCCUACUACCCCGGUGUGCCUGGCAUGCCCAGCGCGUUCCAGUACGGCCCCACCAUGUUCAUGCCCCCUGCUUCGGCCAAGCAGCACGGCAUGGGACUGAGCAACCCAACAACGCCAUUCCAGCAGCCCAGCGGCUACGGCCAACAUGCCUUUAGCUCAGGGUACGAUGACCUGACGCAAGGCCCAGCAGGGGCUGAGUACAGCAAAGGUUACAGUAACUCUUCUCAAACACAGGCCAAAUCUGCUGCCUCCGGCCCAGGGAAAGGUGUCUCUGUGACAUCUAGCAAUUCUGGGGUGCCAGACAUCAGUGGAACUGUUUACAAUAAAACGCAGCCGUUCGAUAAGCAGGGUUUCCAUGCUGGCACACCUCCUCCUUUCAACCUCCCCUCGGCUCUGGGUGGCACGGGACCUUUAACCCCUGGUGCUGCCCCUGGUUAUGCUCCUGCUCCAUUCCUUCACAUUCUGCCGGCCCACCAGCAGCCCCAUUCACAGCUGCUCCAUCAUCACCUCACCCAGGACGGACAGGGUGGGCUAAGCCAGAGAAGCCAGUCCAGCACCAUGCAGCAGAAGACCCAGGUCAACAAGUCCAACUAUGGCAGCUCCCCUUACUGGGGCAACUGAGCGCAGUCCACAGCGCAGGUGCCGUCCCGUACCCAGUGACACGCCGAUCAGAUCAGAGGGACGCCCGUACACACUACCAUCAUCCUCAUCCUCCUCCCACGUUCUCAUCUCCCUUAUUCAAAGUUUUGGCUGUUGUAUGUAAAGUAUAUUUAUGUAUGUAUUUAUACAGUAUAUAUGUAUUGGUAGGAUAUGAAAUGUGGUUUUUCUGCAUUUUGAUUUUGAAGGAUUUUUUGUUGUUGUUUUUAUUUCAUUGCUAACUGGCUAAGAGGAUAUGAUAGAGAAGUGAUGAGAACAUAACAGAAGGGUGAAUAUACUUGAAGCAAAGCAGGCAUCAUGAUUCAAACAUGGGAGUUUUUAUUUGUAUACAUAACCCCGAUAAUGUAUGUACAUUACAGCUAAGCUUGAUCAUUUGAUGGUGAAGCCUUUUUUAACUUUUGUAUUUUGCCCCUCUCCCACCCCCUUCACCUGUGAACUUUUUUUUCUAUGGAGGGGGAUUUUAAGUUCAGUGUUUAAUUAUGUUCCCUCUGCCCUUCAUAAUUAUGCCCCCAACCACCAAAUUGGCUAAACAGUAGCAUUUUAGAUCAGAUUUCAUUUUAACAUUGGUUUUACCCUUGUUGUCAAAAUAAAACUGUCCAGUUUACU